AUGGGAAAAUGGCGCCAGUUUUUUGAAGGUGCAGAUGGUGAUAUAUUGAGUGUGAUUGAGGGUGGAAUCCUGGUUGCAGCUUCUGAUUGCCCCAAUGAACUCAGGAAAAGAAGAGACAUGAUCGCCCAGAAGCUUUUCACUUGUUUAUCUUCUGCUGCUGCUGCUGAACUUGGCUCUUCUGCUGAGGAAGAUCUGUCUGGAAAUGCACAAAAGGAAGAUCAUUCUGGAAAUGGGAAAGAAAAAAAUGCACAAGAGGAAGAUCAUUCUGGAAAUGGGAAAGAAAAAAACCAUUCUGAAAAUGUUGAAGAUCAAAAGCAGAGUGUAAAACAGCAUGGAAGACCUAUUAUUCGAAUCAAGUUUUUGAAUAAAGUAAUCAAAUGCUUUGCCUCUACUGCUCCUGGUCCUAAUGCUGUCUCACUUGGCUCUUCUGCUAAGCAAGAUCAUUCUGGAAAUGCACAAGAGGAAGAUCAUGGGACACCUAAUGCUGUCUCACUUGGCUCUUCUGCUAAGCAAGAUCAUUCUGGAAAUGCACAAGAGGAAGAUCAUUCUGGAAAUGGGGAAGAAAAAGAUAUGCAUUCUGGAAAUGUGGAAAAUAAAGAUCAGUCUGGAAAUGUGGAAGAUCCAAAGCAAAACAUAAAACAUGUGGGUACUGAUCUUCAAGAGUGGAAAUUGAAGUCUGUGAAUGAGAAAUUUUUAAGAGAGAAGAUGGAAUCAUCCAAGAGAAGACUGCAACAAGGCUACCAACAAGCAGAAAGGGCCAAGAGGCAACGUACAGUUCAAGUAAUCGAACUGCAAGAUCUACCCAAGCAGCAUGGAAGACCUACUUGUGAUAUGCCCAAACAGCAUGGAAGACCUACUUGUCAUAUGCCCAAACAGCAUGGAAGACCUAUUUUUCGAAAAAGUGGUAGAAGACCUAUUUUUUGA